ACUUCUACUACAACAGCAACAACAUCAGCAGCAGCAAGUGAAGUUGCCACCAUGGCAGCCACUGCUCCGGAUGAUGCCGCCCAAACCAACGGGAAUGGCAAUGGUAACGGUAGUGGCAACGCUGCUCCGCCUACGGAGCCCGGCCAGGCUCCGACUCCGGCUGCGGCUGCGGCUGCGGCUGCGGCUCCGUCUUCGGUUCCGUCUCCGCCUGCGGCUCAACCGGCUGCAACCAAUGUGGAUGCCGAUGGAGAUGCAGCUGGCUCGAAUGUGGCUGGCGAUGCUGGCGAUGAUGCGGCAACUGAUGCAGGCGCCAGCUCAUUGCCACCGUCGGAAAUUGGCGGUCGUCCGCCUUUGGAUACCGCUUGCUCGGAUGGCGGUGGCGCCUCCAGCUUGGCCGGCGGCAUGGUGGGACCGCCCAGCCCCUUGACCGGCUGCUAUUUGCUCAUUGUGAUGGGCGAGCCGCACUCCGAGGAGCACAAGGACAACAUUUUGCAGCAUCUGCUCAAGGGUUUCCUCUCCUGGGACGUUUCCGAUUGUCAUGUUGACUUGGAAGAGGAGCUCAAUACAAUUACACAACAUGCACCCGAGGGCGAGGAGGCGCGUCAUGGCGAGCGACUUAUACAGUAUGCCAGUGAGAAUCUUGUGACGGAGGUACUCAUACAUCCGCAAUACAAUACUCUCAUACAAUGUAUGCGCAAUUUACUCAGCAGUUUUACAAGGCAUCGUCACAUUAUCCACGCUGGUUACACCUUUACUGGCAACGGCUCUUGGAUACUACAGGACGGCACCUUUUCGGUGGCUGACUUUGCGGAGGCUUUUCAAGAGCACGAUGUACAAAGGGUAAUACGCGCCUAUGCGGAUACAAUAACAAUGAACAUACACUGCGCCGAUGCGGGCCUAUGGCAUACCCUGCCGGAUAAGGUAUUUGCACGUCAGUGCAAGAUACGCAUUAAUCCGGUAGAUGUGCUGGAUACCAGCAGCGAGUGCAUCAAUGCUUUUAUAGAUUAUCUUGCGCCAAUGGUGGUGCCCACCUCACUACGUGAAUUGUUGGAGACUUCUGAUGUGGUUGGCAAUAUACGGUUCACACAUCCCACACUCUACGUCUUUCCCGGCGGUCAAGGCGAUGCUGCACUCUUUGGCAUUAAUGGCUUUAAUAUGCUAGUUGACGGCGGCUUUAAUCGCAAGGCUUGUUUCUGGGACUUUGCUCGACAUUUGGAUCGCCUUGAUGCGGUGCUAAUGACGCGUCUUAACAACAGCAACGUCCAGGGAUUGGGUGCUGUGGUGUCACGCAAGCGGGAUUCCCACGUCUAUCCACAGAUUGGACACUUCUUUGGCAACGUUCCCGACCGCAAGGGUGGUCUGCCCAGUCCCGAUGGUGACAAGGAUCGCAACCCAUUGUUGAUUGAUCUUUUUGAGCGUGGUCAUGGACUAGUCAAUGAUCUCAAAUCGCUUGACCUGAAGCCGCAGUGCUGUUAUCGUAAUCAGGAGCCUAUUAACCUGUACCACAAGGUGGGACAUGGCACCCUGGACAUGUAUGUGAUAAGUCCGUCACGUGAUUCCAAGGAGGUCAAAGACUUUCUGCAAAAAUGGAAUUCGGGUGAUCAGCGUCUAUUUGCCGCUCGAGACACCAAGGAGUUUAACUUCCCGCUGCAGAAUCUAGUGUCUAUCUGCGCACUACUCGUCUGGCAACCCGCUAAUCCGGAUGAUACAAUCACGCGCAUCUUAUUCCCUGGUAGUACACCCGACUUUAAAAUUCAGGAGGGUCUGGAAAAGCUAAAGCAUUUAGAGUUUAUGAAGCACUCGACCUGCACAGCCAAGUCGAUAGCUCCAGCUAUACAAACGGUGCCCAGCACACGCAAAACUCUGAAGUCCGCCAUUGAGGCGACUCCACCCAGCGCCAGCUACAAAUCCAGCAAAUUCGGUCCAGUUACCACAACUGCUGUGGCCGUGCAACAGGACAACAAGGCUAAGGAAGCAAAGGAGGCAGCAGCUGCAGCGGCAGCGGCAGCAGCAGCGGCAGCAGUAGCAGCUUCCACGGAACAGCCCAGCGAUCAAGUGGAGCAACCUACUUUGCUCGCCCACUCCAAGGCAGACUCCAUUGAUAUGGAUGAACCAGAGGCUGAUCCCGAGCCUGAGCCCGCGGUCGACACCGGGGAUGAGGCUGUGCCAGAGCCGGCCGCACCUUUAACCGAGUCAGCCGAACCGGAAGAUAACAAGGAAGCCGACAACGAUAAGAAAGUUGAGGUAAUGAUUGUCAAAUCUCAGGCUGCAGGAGCACCAGUCAAGGAUACUAUUGAUGCGCCUGUCAUAGAUGCGAGCAGCAAAGGCGCAAAGGCCACCAAGGGAAAACUCGAUAAGCCACGUGCGGAAGUUAAGCCUGUCGUUCGCUCUAGGAUUGACACCAAACCGCCAAAGUCCAUGGAUCGAAAACUAGUCAAACGCGACGAGAAGAAGAGCUCGCCUACAGCGACACCCGCUGCAAGUCGAACGCCUGCCACCCGGGACGUUAAACCCAAAGUAUUGACACGCACCACAAAGUCCAGUCCUAGCAGCACUCCAGCUAAGAGUGCAAAGGAAGCGAACAACCGUAAAGUCCUUGAAUCUAAGCAACAGGCGACAGCAGCGCGGCAAAGCACCAGUAGCACACGCCGCACCGUUAGCACUGUGGAGAAAAAGGCCCAGCAGACGGAGUCCAAGACCACAACUCAGGCUGCCCAGCGCAAGCCCAUCUCGAGGAGGCCACGCGGUGUAUCGCCUUCCAAACGAGCACCAGCACCAGGUAGUCCAAUAAAAUCCGCCAAGCCUAAGCCCGAUUUGAAGAAGUCGCGCCUAGAUAAGGGUGGUACUACAGACUCCAGCUUGGUAUCCACUCCGUCUGCGGAUGAGGCCACAGCAGCUAAGAAGAUUUUGGAUCUAAGCGUAUCACAGGAACUUGAUGCGGAAAAACAGCGGGAAUUGGAUGAUCUCAAGGAGGAGCAGGAAGUCGUGCGCGAAAUUGAAGCUGUAUUUAGUCGUGACGAGAUGAAGCGACAGCACUUGAUUAAGGCGGAACUGCGCGAAAUGGCCAAGCAGGACAGCACCACGGAGGCCGAGGAAGAGGAGGAAUAUUUGAUUAUUGAGAAGGAGGAGGUAGAGCAGUACACAGAAGAUUCAAUCAUUGAACAGGAGCAGGAGAGCAGUAUAACUAAAGAAGAGGAGAUUCAAAAGCAUCAGCGGGACUCUCAGGAAUCCGAAAAGAAACGCAAGAAAAGCGCCGAGGAGGAAAUCGAGGCCGCAAUCGCAAAGGCUGAGGCAGAAGAGCGCAAGGCACGUUUUGAAGUUAACGAAGCAGCACGACAUGAGAUGCACGAGGAAACAGAGAUUAAAGCAGAGGUGCAAGAGAUCAUAACCACUGCCAAGGAUAUUGUUAAGCACCGCACUGAGGAGCCACUGCCUCAGGCCAAGCCUGCUGACGAAGAAUUCUCAUCCCCAACGCCUGAGGAUAAACUAAGCAGUGCAAAGAAAACGUCGGACACUAAAGACGAUUUAAUUGAGGCUCCUGAAGCUCUGCCUCUCAACCUACAAGAGAGUCUUCCAGAGGAGAAAUUUUCGGCCACCAUCGAAUCAGGAGCAACCACUGCUCCCACCUUACCCGAAGAUGAACGAAUUCCCCUGGACAAAAUCAAAGAGGACUUGGUAAUUGAGGAAAAGUAUGUCAAAGAGGAAACCAAAGAGCUUGAAGCCAUUGUUGUGGCAACUGCCUCCGUGCCUGUUGCUGCGGUGGCCACUGCAGCGUUCAUUACCCCAUCAGAAACAAAAAUUAAAAUCAGUGCGGAACCACUUGCCGUUUGUGCGGAUGCUAGCGACCGUGUUUUACCUAAGAAAAUGACAUUCGAAGCCCAACAAAAUCUGAUGCGGGAUGUUAUCAAGACACCAGAUGAAGUGGCCGACUUGCCCGUUCAUGAGGAGGCUGACUUAGGACUAUACGAGAAAGAUACACACGAUGCCAAGAGUAUUUCACACAAGGAGGAGACAACCAAGGAAGAGAAAGAGACCGAAGAUGAAAAGGAGGUUCGGGAAAUUGAAGCUUCAAAUGAAGCAGAUGAUAAGACUGAGCCAGAUGAGCCUGAAAAGGCCACUGCCUUGCCGGAAAUCGUCGCACAGAUUGACACUGUCGAAAAGAAACUCGAUGUCGCCAUCGUUAAAUCGAAGCAAUCAGACGAAAUCGCUGAUAUAGAAAUACCAGAAACUAAUAAAAAUGAAUUACAUAUUGAUCAACCAGUUAUAGUUGAAAAAAAAUCGGUUAGUACACCAGAAGAGAAAGAAACCAGCGAUAUAACCUCCGAGGAUGAGCUGCCAGCACAUCUAGUACAACCCACAGCAGCACCGACAAAAGUUAAAGAUCGUGAAGACACCGUAUCUCUCGAGAGCCCUGCAACGAUUGAGGAAGCUAUUGAAAUCGAGAUGCAGAUAACAAAACAAGAAACACAAAAGCUAUCCACUCAAAUUGAUGAUAAGUCAAAGGAAACUUCCAGACGUGAAUCUCUGGCGGAAAGCACAAAGGCGGAGAGUAUAAAGGAUGAUAAGUCUGUCCCAGCUUCGAAAGAAGUAUCACGACCCGAAUCUGUUGCAGAAAGCGUAAAACCUGAGUCGGAGAAACCUGAGAGUGUAAAAGGUGAUAAGUCUGAGGAACCGUCUCGGCGUGAGUCUAUUGCUGAAAGUGUGAAGCCGGAAAGCUUAAAGGAUGACAAGUCCCUACCAGUCUCCAAGGAAGCAUCACGACCUGGAUCUGUGGCCGAAAGUGUGAAAGAUGAUUUUGAAAAACCUGAAAGCGUUAAGGAUGAUAAGUCAAAGGAAACUUCCAGGCGUGAAUCUCUGGCGGAAAGCACAAAGGCGGAGAGUAUAAAGGAUGAUAAGUCUGUCCCAGCUUCGAAAGAAGUAUCACGACCCAAAUCUGUUGCAGAAAGCGUAAAACCUGAGUCGGAGAAACCUGAGAGUGUAAAAGGUGAUAAGUCUGAGGAACCGUCCCGACGUGAGUCUAUUGCUGAAAGUGUAAAGCCAGAAAGCUUAAGGGAUGACAAGUCCAUACCAGUCUCCAAAGAAGCAUCACGACCUGGUUCUGUGGCCGGAAGUGUAAAAGACGAUUUCGAAAAACCUGAAAACGUUAAGGAUGAUAUGUCAAAGGAGCCUUCCAGGCGUGAAUCUCUGGCGGAAAGCACAAAGGCGGAGAGUAUAAAGGAUGAUAAGUCUGUCCCAGCUUCGAAAGAAGUAUCACGACCCGAAUCUGUUGCAGAAAGCGUAAAACCUGAGUCGGAGAAACCUGAGAGUGUAAAAGGUGAUAAGUCUGAGGAACCGUCCCGACGUGAGUCUAUUGCUGAAAGUGUAAAGCCAGAAAGCUUAAGGGAUGACAAUUCCAUACCAGUCUCCAAAGAAGCAUCACGACCUGGUUCUGUAGCCGGAAGUGUGAAAGAUGAUUUUGAAAAACCUGAAAGCGUUAAGGAUGAUAAGUCAAAGGAAACUUCCAGACGUGAAUCUCUGGCGGAAAGCACAAAGGCGGAGAGUAUAAAGGAUGAUAAGUCUGCCCCAGCUUCGAAAGAAGUAUCACGACCCGAAUCUGUUGCAGAAAGCGUAAAACCUGAGUCGGAGAAACCUGAGAGUGUAAAAGGUGAUAAGUCUGAGGAACCGUCCCGACGUGAGUCUAUUGCUGAAAGUGUAAAGCGAGAAAGCUUUAAGGAUGACAAGUCCUUACCAGUCUCCAAAGAAGCAUCACGACCUGGUUCUGUGGCCGGAAGUGUGAAAGAUGAUUUUGAAAAACCUGAAAGCGUUAAGGAUGAUAAGUCAAAGGAAACUUCCAGACGUGAAUCUCUGGCGGAAAGCACAAAGGCGGAGAGUAUAAAGGAUGAUAAGUCUGUCCCAGCUUCGAAAGAAGUAUCACGACCUGAAUCUGUUGCAGAAAGCGUAAAAGCUGAAUCGGAGAAACCUGAGAGUGUUAAGGGUGAUAAGUCUGAGGAACCGUCCCGACGUGAGUCUAUUGCUGAAAGUGUGAAGCCAGAUAGCUUUAAAGAUGAUGUGUCCUUACCAGCCUCCAAAGAAGUAAGUCCCGGAUCUAUGGCCGACGGUAUAAAAGACGUUUCUGAAAAACCUGAAGGAAUUCAAGUUUUAAAGGAAUCUACGAAGUCAUCCGCUGAUGAUAUGUCUAGCGAACCUUCCCGCCCUGAGUCAAUUGCUGAUAGUUUGAAGGACACAAAAACGCCAGCUGCCUUUAAGGAACCAUCGCGUCCAGCAUCUGUAGAUGAGAGUGUGAAGUCAAGGGAGUCUUCCCGCCCUGCCUCAGCUGCCGAGACUGCAUCCUCUCCAAUUGACGAAGCGCCAAGGGAACUCACAGACUUUGAGCUUGAAAAGAAAGAAGCCUUAAUGGUAGACUUUUCUGUGGAACCUAAAGGAAUUUUCCCAACCCUGUCUAGUCCCGUCGAUGUUGCUAAAGGCGUAUUCUCCCAUACAAUGUCUGGAGCAAUUGAACUAGAAAAGCCGGCAGAGCAAAGUACAGUUGGUGCAAAAAUAACAGUUUCCAGUCCUGUGGAUGAGGCAGUUCACCUCUUAGAAAAGAGUGAGGUCAUUGAAGAACAUACCAUCCCAGCGACAAGCUCAAAUGAAAGUUCUGCUCUGACAGAUUUCAGUGUAAAUUUGCUUGAAAACAUUUCAAUAAAAUCGGACGCAAUUAUAUCAUUAUGUGAGGAUAAACUUCAAUCCAUUAACGAAUCGAUAAAUAAACAAACAGAAACUAAAGUUGAAACAGUUACACAGAAGCUUGAAAGCACUAAAGAUGUGGUAGAAGAGUGCGUACAGAAAAUCAGCAAAGAAAGUACAAUACAUUUAACAGAACUAGAAUCUCUAAAGGAUUCCAAGAUCACUGAGAUAUCCAAGACAAUAACAUCAGUAACCGAAACUGUUGAAACUAAAUUAGAAGAGACAAAGUCGGAUGUGAUUGAGAAGAUCGUAUCCACAUCCAAGGUACUGUCUGAAAAGCUGUCACAAGCUGAUUCUGUUACAGAAAUAUCCGAAGAUGCUAGUGCCAAGGGCAACCUUGAGUUGACUGGCUUCUCAGAGCUUCGUGAAACACACAUUACCACCGUUGACUCGCCCGAAUUUACAGUUACGAUUUGUGAUCGUGAUGAGAGUGUUCUGCACGAUAUUAAGGAAGAAGACGAAGAGCAUAGAUUCUCUCCACCAACAGAAAAGGGAGCUAUAAUACCCGAGCAACCACUGCGUCCACUCUCUCCACGUGAGGAAGAGGUCGCCAAGAUUGUCGCUGAUGUAGCCAAAGUGCUGAAGUCCGACAAAGAUAUCACCGAUAUUAUACCUGAUUUUGAUGUAAAACAGUUGGAGGAAAAGCUAAAAACAACUGCUGAAAUUGAAGCCGAAACUGUUGAGAUCACAAAGAAAAUCGAAGCUGUUCACACACCAGCAGGUACUCCUGAAGAUCUCUCGGGUAAAAUAACUCCUUCAAAGGAUCUUGCAUUAGAUGAAAAACUAUUGGAAAGCAAGAUGAUGAAGGUGGAUAUCGAAUCAGAGAAGUCUUCACCGGAUCAAAAGUCUGGACCAGUAUCAAUUGAAGAGAAGGACAAAAUUGAGCAGUCCGAAAAAGCGCAAUUACGCGAAGGAGCCGCUAAAGCAGCAGUCGAGGAAAUAACCAAAGAAACUUCCAGGCCAGAGUCAGCUGCUAGUCAACAGGGUACCGUAGAUUCCCUGUCAUCACGUCCUGAAUCCGCAGCAGACAAACAAGAUGAGUCACAUCUCGAACAAUCCACAAAGGUCUCAAAGGAAGCAUCGCGACCCGUAUCUGUGGCCAGUUUGAAAGACGAAGCAGAUGAAAAAGAAACUUCAACAAAGGAGGCUUCUCGGCCCGAAUCUGUAGUUAGUCGGGUGAGUGAUACUAAGUCCACUGCUAAGGAAGCGGAGUCUUCGCGACCAGCCUCAAGUGCAAGUCAGAUCAGUGUCAAGGAAGAGGAAACUUCAGACGCACUGCAUGGUUCGAUUAUAGUUUCAACAACCGAAAGCAAAAAAGAUGUGCGAUCAACUGAAUCGACAAUCGUUUUGAAAUCCAUCACAAGUCAAUCACAUCUCAAAGAGGAAUCUAUUAGCGAGUCUCUGAGCAGCAGCAUGAAAGUAGAGGACAGUUCUCGACGCGAAUCCUUGUCCAGUCUGUUAACUGACAAGGAAGUUUCCAAAUCGCCAAGCACUAGUGUCAUGGAGGAGAGCGAAAGCAUCACGAAGAUUGUGGAAAAGACUACAUCUUCUCAAUUGGAGGAAUUACUAAUUCAAUCCGAAGAGUGCUCCUCAGAAUCAAUAGUUAGCGAGAUUCAAACUAUGAGCUCCCAAAAGCCAAGUGUUCAAAGCACAAGUAAAGAAACAGUAGCAAGUAGCAUCACACAGGAAACAGUUAAGGACAGCAAUCUCAAGGAAACGGUUGCCGAGUUUUUGGCAACGGAAAAGAUUAUUUCUGCUAAGGAAACCUUUAGUGCUGAGGCCACCAAGACAGCUGAAGAGUGCCUGAAAAAGGUGAGUUCCUCCCAAAAGGCCUUAUUUGUGGGCACAGACGAGUCGCGACGAGAAUCGCUGCUGAGUCACACCAGUGAGGGUCGACAGACCCAUAGCGAUCCCGAGGAAGAAGACAGUGAUGAUGACGGCCGAGUCAGUCUCAAGGAGGGUCGCUCCAAGUCUAUAGCCACCAUAAUGAUGACUAGCAUCUACAAGCCCUCUGAGGAGGUCGAAACCAUUGAUGCCCUUAAGGAGGAGGACCAUGAAGAUGAGGUAGAACAUGAACUGGGUGGCAAGAAAACACAGACAGCAACAAUUGCAGCAUCCACAGUCACAACCACUAAAACAUCCACACUGCAGGACUCCAGCGAACAAAGUAGUAGCAACACUAUCAAAUCCAGCUCCACAGAAUCCAAGACAAAAGUGGAGUCCAUUACACUAACACAAUCACUAACAGAUACAGAACACUCAACGGAUACCACAGAUCGUAGGACACCACCAACGGCACCAGUCAGUCCCAGUGUCAAGCCAGUAAGCACCACUUGCACUGCCACAGUUGGCACAGCUGGCUCCUUGAGUUAUGGCAAGAGUGAGUCUAGCGCUGCUAGCAUAGCAUCAACAUCUGGUCCAUUGUCGCCUAAAGACAUUAGUGGGCGUGAAUCACAUACAGAGACACCAGAGUCAUCGCCCAAGCCCACAUCACCCUUCCCACGUGUCAGCAAGGAUGAGCUCAAGUCUCUGGGUGUCACCGGAAUACCCGAUGCCAGCGAAGUUAGCGCUGACUCCACUGAGAUGCUACCCGAGCUUCACGAGCUGCGUGGCAUUGAGAGCACCACAGCCCUAAGUGGCAGCACCGAAAAGAUCAUAACCACAACCAUAACCACAGUGACCAAGGUCAUUUCCGCCGAUGGCAAAGAGAUUGUCACCGAGCAAAAGACGGUUACCACAACCGACAGCUCCGAGCCGGACAGUGAGAAGGUGGUUGUAACCACAACACGCACAACCAGCGAGAGCGAGAAGAGCGAACGGGAGCGAGAGCAGAUGAUUCCAAAGGACGUAGCCAUGCUACGUGGAAUCUAUCGCUCCAGCACGCCAGGCAGCGACGAAGAGCGUCUGGCCGGUGCCAUGAGCGAUGAUGAUCUACCCGGCUCCCCACGUAGCUCCAGCUUUGAUCUGCAACGUUCCAGCUCCGGCAUAAGCAAACGUUCAGAUCUCGAUGCUGAUGACAGUCAGAAUGAUAUUCCGCCACAGUAUGGCAGCGAGGAGCACUCCACAGCCCGUGCCAUUCUGCCAACCCGUGCAACCGAUCCCAUGGCAACCUCCUUAUAUGGGGCGCUGCCAGAUAGCUUUGAUCCAAAGCCCAGCACCGAGCCAAUACCAAUACGUGGUGCCAUGCUGGUGACCUGCACGGAAUCUCCGCCAGCCAGCCAGUCAUCGGAAAGCGUGGAGAGCACCAGCCAAACCUGGGCCGGACACAAGUUUCUGGAUGAAGCCGACAAGGAUUUCCAGAAGGCACUCGAAGAGCAUGUGCAGGCGCGUGGCGCCGAAGUGAUGUCUUCCGUGACCGCUAAAUACUCUUACUCACCAUCCAAGGCCGAGGAAGUCGAGCACAUCGUCAGUAGCACCGCCGAGCGGCAACGCUUCCCCCUAAGCGAUGUCCAAAAGGUGCGCAGCGGCGACAGCCUGUUAAGCGGCACUACUGGAAGCGCUGCACCUGUGACCACUUCAACCACAGCCUCUACAGAACCGAGUGGUGCAGUGACAACUGUAUCAACCACAACCACAGCCACAACAUCAGCAACAGCAACAACAACGGCAACAUCAACUAGCACUGGCACACUACCCAAGGAUCGGCUUGAGGAGUGGGGCAAACCGCUCGGUCUACCAUCACCGGCACCAUUGCCAGUCGAAGGUGCCGACAUUCGCACCACACCGAAAAAGGAGCGUCGCUUGGUGGCCACCAAGACGCGUCUAAACAAUGAGAAGAAUCUGCGCAAACGUAGCGAGUCACCCAAUAAGGCAAAGAAGCCAGCUCCCGUCUAUGUGGAUCUGACCUAUGUGCCCCACAACGGUAACUCCUACUAUGCCCAUGUUGACUUCUUCAAGCGCGUCCGUGCCCGCUACUAUGUCUUCUCCGGCACCGAGCCCAGCCGUCAGGUCUACGAUGCCCUGCUGGAGGCCAAACAAACAUGGGAGGACAAGGAGCUGGAGGUGACCAUCAUACCCACGUAUGAUACUGAUGUGCUGGGAUACUGGGUGGCCGAGAACGAGGAGUUGCUUGCCAAGCAUCGCAUCGAUCUGUCGCCAUCCGCUUCCCGUUGCACAAUUAAUUUGCAGGAUCAUGAGACCUCGUGCUCUGCAUAUCGCUUAGAGUUCUAGGCCACGGGAUUGUUUAUUGCAUUUGACGAUGACAACUGAAAGCUACAACAACAACAAACAACAACAACCACAGAGACAGUGAUUUAAGUGGGCCCUCGUAAACCUUAUAGGGCUAACAACGGCAACCAACUAACAACAACAACAACAAGGACGACUUCCAAGUUUUGAGCUUAAUGAUGACGACAUCAAAUUUAAAGAUUAAAAAAAAUGAAAACAAACAAAACAACGACUACAAAUACAAAUACAAAAAAAAAAAAUACCAAAGCUUGACAACAAAAUGCAAUAUGCAAAAUGCCGUGCGCCAAAUGAAAGAGUGAAAAACCAAAAAAACACAAACAACAAAAUGAUAGAACACUUUCGGAAAUGAAGAACCAAAAAAAGCUGAAUAUGGCGGAGUAACGGGUCACAUGGAUGACGCCAUUUUGUUUAGCCAAUGCCGUCUAUUUGCGCUUUUUGCCGUUUUAUUUCAAACAAAAGAAUAGAAAAGCAAAUGCAGUAAGCAAGGUAAUUAAUCGAUAUUUAUUUGCAACAAAUUAAUUACUGAACAAUGCAUUAAUCGUAUAUACCACAAAAAAAAAA